AUGGAUGCGCAAGAACUAAAGCUCACUUUGGGUGAUGAGGCGAUUGAAUUUGUUGGAUCAUUUAAAUAUUUAGGUGUCGUUUUUGAUAGUUUACUUUCGUGGCAUUGUCAGGUAGCUAGCGUCAAGAAGCGCUCUGCAAUUGCGUUGUAUCGGUCAAGAAUGAAUGACUCAAAUCGAAAUAUGGACCCUAGUCACUAUUUCGAUUUAAGUGCUCAAUUAAAACGAAAGCUGGUAUCAGCACUUGUAUUGCCUGUUUUUGACUAUUGUGCUUGUGUAUUAACGAACUUAACAUUUGAGCUAGAGAGAUCAUUGCUUGUCUCACUAAAGAAUUGCGUUCGGUUUAUUUUUCGAAUAAAACGAUAUAAGCAUAUAACUGAGCAUCGGCGGCGUCUUAAUUGGUUAGUGCCUCGUGAUCGUCGAUUACUGUUAAUUUCCUGCGAGUUCUAUAAGGCCCUGUGUCUAAUGCGGCCUGGUCUGUUUGGAGACAAGCUGGAGCUGAGAACAAACAUUGCUAUGCGGCGAGACUUAAGCAAGACUGAUACCCUAAAAGUGCCUUUUGCGAGGACAACGGCGUAUCAGCGUUCGUUUAUUAACUCGCUUCCGAUCGAGGUCACAUCAGCUGCCACAUUAGAGGAAUUUCGCAAUAUAGACGUUUCGUUUCUCCGUUAG